UGUACAAGACCAGGUCCAGCAGUGUCCCCAGUAGAUUCUGGUUCUAGUAGCUCCUUAGUCCUAUCUCCUGUCAGUGGCUAGUAUACAGGAUGUUAUGUAAGUUUGUUGUAUAAGUGCUACAUGUGCAUUAUGUGAAAAUAGUGAAUAGGUGAAAAACUCUACAGAACGCCACACCCACAAUGGCCGCCCAGUUGAGACAUAUAUUCAAGAAGUACCCUCUCAUCCCCAAUGCCCUGGUGUAUGGCUCAAUGGUUGUUGGGGCGGAAUUCUCACAACAAACACUCAACAAGAGAUAUUUUGACAAGAAGGACCCUCCCGAGCCUUAUGACACUGGAGCCCUCGCUAGGUAUGCCGUGGUAGGAACCGUCAUCAAUCCUAAUCUACUGUACUUCUGGUUCCAAUGGCUAGAAAACUACCUCCCAGGAUCUUCAUUGUCAGUUGUAGCCAAGAAACUUUUUCUGCACGCACUAAUCCCAACACCUGGUAUUCUAGUAAUAUUUUAUGUCAGUAUGAGCCUGAUGGAGGGUAAGCAGGAUAUCUUCGAGGAGUGCAGACUCAAGUUUAUACCAACAUUUCAGACCAGCUGUAUGUUCUGGUUACCAGCACAGCUGAUCAACUUCAUGCUGGUCCCUCCCAUCGCCAGAGUCGUCUACGUAGGAACUUGCUCCUUCAUCUGGAUCAAUGUGCUCUGCUGGAUCAAACGCAAGUCUUACAUCUCUGAGAAGGAGCAAGAGCAAUCACAAUCUCUGUGAUUUCAGCUCAAAUGUAAUAAUGUGGAGUUGUAAAACAGCCUGGGAUUUCUAGAGGAGAUCGUCUGUUAGAAACUCUGGAAACAUUAGAAAAUUGAGACCAUUUUCAUACACGCAACUUGGGUGCAAGAAAGCAUGUAAAGAAUGCUGAGGAAGCUUUUAGGGUUUUAUUUUUGUCAUGGAGUAGUUAUAUUUUUGUACACGCUGGCUUCUACUUCUCUAGGUUUUGUAAAUGUAAACACACACUGUUGCUGUAAUCUCAAUGAGAUAGACAUAUGAAUUUCCAAUGGUCUUACCAUGAGACCUUUGAUAAUAGCUUUCCCUAAAUGGAAAAUUCACUAAAACAUAUUAAGUAAAUAAAUUAGCUUGAUAAAUUUAGUAUUUUUCAAGGGUCUCAAGAACAGUAGACUUUCUGUUACCUGCAAAGAUUGAUGUUUAGAUAGUAAUGGUAAUGUAAUGGCAAAAUCUCCCUGUACCAUACUGUUAACUUGGUUGUUAUGAUAAUAAGUGCCUACCAUCUACCUUGUUAUUGAGCUAAAUUUUCUUCAUAUUUUUGUUUUGUGGCUACCGAUGCUUCAGGCAUAAGGUAUAGUUCUUAACAAUGCCUUUAUU